UUUACAAAAGCCAUUACCUAGCCAGUCUUAAUUUGAUCCAAAGAACUCAUAUCUUCCCUCUCCUAAUGGUUAUAUUAUCUGAAUACAUUGAAGGAUCGUCUUCAUCUACUAAUGAUCAUAAAUAUGACGUGUUUAUAAGUUUUCGAGGUACUGAUACUCGUCAUAGUUUCACAGAUCAUCUCCAUAAGGCCCUCCUGGGUGCCGAUAUUUCUACCUUUUUGGAUGAUAAAGAGAUUGAAACCGGAGGUGAUCUUAAACCAGAAUUGGAGGGUGCCAUUAAAGAAUCUAGGGCAUCUAUUGUCGUGUUGUCCAAGAACUAUGCUAAUUCGUCAUGGUGUCUUGAUGAACUGGUACUAAUCCUUGGGGAACAUAAGGCAUCCAAACAAAUUGUUAUCCCCAUCUUCUAUCAUGUCGAUCCCACUUUGGAGAUGCAAUAGCUAAGCAUAAACGAGUGAUGAAGGCUGAGACAAAUCCAAAUAAAAGAAGUCAGUGGGCUCAAAAGCUUUACCGAUGGAGUCAAGCUCUUACUGAAGUUGCUGAUUUGAAAGGGAUGAAUGUAGAUGGCAGGCAGGAGACGGAGUUUAUUGAUGAAAUUGUUACAACAUCUACUUUAGAUUACGCAAACACUCAAAGAUUCCUAUGCCACAACUAAUUGGGAUGGCCUAUUCCAAGAAAUUCGUCACUUCAUGGUUAAAAGAUACAUCCUCACAAACGACAGGCAUACUCACUAUUUUGGGUAUGGGUGGGAUCGCGAAGACAUUUUUGGCCAAAUAUGUCUAUGGGUUACAUUCUCAUGAAUUCGACACAAGCAGCUUUAUUGAAGAUAUCAGUAGGAAAUGUGAUGGAAAUUUUAAUGGGUUGCUUGAUUUACAAAAACAACUCCAUGAUGACAUAUCAAAAACAAGUUCAAGACAGUUCGUGAUGUUUCUGUAUACACUUCAAAGAUAGAGAAUGCAAUAGCCUUUAAAAAGGUGUUUCUUGUUCUUGAUGAUAUUGAUAGUCUCGACCAGUUGGAUGCAUUACUUGGAAGCAAAGGUUUUUAUCCGGAAAGCAAAAUUAUUAUAACAACAAAGGACGCAUGGUUGACAGAGAGUUGUGCAUUGUUCAAAGCGGCCAUCAAGCCCAUGCAUGCAAAGCAUCUACUUCAAGGCUUAGAUAAGCAUGAAGCACAACAACUUUUCUGUUUUCAUGCAUUCAGGCCCACCAUCCCAAGGCAGGCUAUAAAGAGGUAUUAGAAAAGCUUGUGGAGUAUUGUCAAGGACAUCCAUUGGCUCUUCAAGUUUUGGGCAAGUCUCUACAUAACCGAGAUGUGGUGUAUUGGGAAGAACACAUGGAAGGGCUAAAGAAAGACAAUGGCUCACCUAUAAACAAUGUCUUGAGAAAAAGCUUUGACUCAUUGUCAUCCAAAAAUGAUAAGGAGUUGUUUAAGUAUAUUGCUUGUUUUUUUGUUGGAAUGGAUAGAGAUUUUACUGAAACAAUAUUAAAGGCAUGUGAUAUAAAAACAAGAUCUGGGAUCAUGAAUCUCAUUGAUAAAUGCCUUCUUAGUAUCGGACAGAAUAACACAUUGAUGAUGCAUCGGUUGAUUCAGGAGAUGGGAAGAUUUGUAGUGCAUCAAGAAUCACCUGACAAGCCAUGGAAGCGAAGUCGAUUAUGGUGUAAUGAGGAGUCAUUCAAAGUGUUGAAGCAAAAAAGGAGUAUGGGAAAUCUUCUCGGUCUCACCCUUGACAUGAGAAUGCUUAAGAAAGAGAUGUUAUGUGGAUCAUUUGAGUUAAAAACAGAUGUAUUGAGUAACAUGGAUAAUAUGUUGCUCCUACAACUCAAUUAUGUGAAUGUCCAAGGGUCUUAUGAAAACUUUUCGAAAGAAUUAAGAUGGUUGUGUAUGCAUGGGUUCCCUUCAAAGUAUAUACCUUCACACUUACCAACAGAUUAUCUGGUUGCUCUUGACAUGUCGUAUAUCAAUAUCGAAUCAUUUGUCAAUUUUGAUCGUAAUCCACAACUUGAGUACAGGGGAAAGGUAACUUAUGUCCAUUUAUUAUUCAUCCAUGCCGAGUUGAUGAACUGCUCUACUUUUCUUACUUAUCCCCAUUUCAGCAGUUAAUUGGAUCGUGCGGAAAUGACAAAAAGUUUCUUGGAUCACUGAAGAUUCUUAAUUUAAGUUUUUGUGGACAGCUUCGUAGUUUGGUUGGCUUUGUAGAAUUCCCUGCACUUGAGAGAUUAAUAGCUACAAAUUGCAAUGAAUUGGUUGAGGUUUGUGAAUCAGUUCAGAAUUGUGUUGAACUUGUCUACAUUGAUCUAAGGUACUGCAACAAGCUUGAAAAACUUACCAUGGGCAUGUUAAAGAUGGUUAAAACACUAUUGCUAGAUGGUUGCAAUCUCGGUAGAUCCCAAAUCGAGAUUAGGGAUAAAUGCAAAAUGGUCAAGGCUAACAACAUUGGCAUAAACACAGAAUUCUCUUCCUCCGCCAUUCUUGAGGCUAUACCAAGUGAUUCAAAGUUCUUCACGAUAUCUUUGCCAAGCUCUUUAGUAAGGUUGUCACUUGCAAAUAAUAAUUUGUACACGGAAUCCUUUCCGAUGGACUUUAGUUGCUUUUCCAUGUUAGAGGAAUUAAAUUUAGAUGAAAACCGUAUCAGUUCCAUGCCUAAUUGUGUGAGAAGCCUUUCUAGGCUUCAAUCGCUCACUAUGCAACACUGUGACAUGCUUACGUCAGUUGAGCAUCCUCCAACUUCACUAACAUUUUUGAGCAUCUUUUCUAGUAAACGGCAUGUGCUACGUAAAGUUGUAUUUGAUCCAGAAAUGCGCCCACUUGACUUAUUAAUACCGUGGACAUCGUUAGCACCUCAGUCGUGUGAAAUUGAAGGCAUGGUCAAGAUCCAACCAAUGGCAGGUGUUGAGGAAAAGGUAUUACAUAGUUUAUGCUGGAAGAAGCUCGACUUCCUUAAUAAAAGGGGCGUGCAAACUUAUUCUAAUGGGAGAAACUCACGGGAACAUCAAAUCCAGAUGUAUUAUGAAUUUGGAAUAUUCAGCACAAUUUACGGGGGGAAAGAUAUGCCAAAUUGGAUUACACAUAGAAGCAAUGGGCCAUCAAUAUCACUUACCAUUUUAUCAUCUCCAAACAAGCCUAGAGGAUUUAAUUUCUGCUAUGUCAGUACAUAUCGAUUGCCAGUGAUCAUUAUUCAUAAUAUAACAAAAAACCGAACCUGGAUAUAUGAACAUUGCAUUGCCAAUGUUGGUGUAGGUGAAGAGUCUUACACUGUGUUAAGCCAUUGGAUGUUUAGGAUGAAUGAGAUGGAAGGUGGUGACUUGGUUAGUAUCACUCUAAGAAACUUUAUGUCAUAUAGUGGAAUUGCAAUGGAAUGUGGGGUGAGUGUUGUUUAUGAUGAGGGAAACACGGAUGAAGAAGAUGCAUUGGGUUAUUACAAGUCAUGGAAUCACAUCAUUGGUGGAGAUCUUACUGGGUAUCAGCUAACAACAGGAGAAUACAUCCUAAGCAUAUUGCGAAUUACUACACAUGGUGUCAAACCAUUUAUGAGAUAUGGUAAAUUUGUUGGAGACCGCGACUACUAUAAAGGAGAUGAAAUGCUGUUUACAGCUUUAUCCCAAAGGAAGCCAGCCAUAGUUGGUCACAUACCCGAGGAAAUUGGAACAUCUACGUGCAACGAUCUCAUCCUUAAUGAUGAGGAUGAGGUCCCUGUCGUGGCUGAGGUCAAGUUCGAGGCUGAGUCUGAGUCUGAGUCUGAGGUCGAAGUCGAGGUUAGGGUCAUGGUCGAGGCUGAGGUAGAGCAACAUGCUAAACGUUCAUGUAUGUGGAGGAAGUGGUUUAACUGUACACGGGCAUAACUUUUAUAUAAAGAAUUAGGCAGCCAUGAUCACUCCAUGGAAACGUCUCAACAGGAUUGUGAAGCCCAAAUUCAUUUCUUUAGGGGUCUGAUUUCAAAGUAUUUGGUUUUUAUCAAGAUUUUCUGUUUUUUUACUUAAUUAAAUCGUGUGAUUUUGUCAAUCUGGCGAUAUUUUAUACUAUAUUUAUUAGUUAUUUUAGUUUCUUUCGUAUUUUAAAUUUUUUCUUAGAAGAUAUACUUCCCAUAUUAUUUUGUGUUUAUUUGAUGUAAUUUAUUGUAUAUAUCUUUUCCAUAGUUAUAGGGAUCACGUU